AUGGAUCAUGUGAUUGGUGGGAAGUUUAAACUAGGAAGGAAAAUUGGGAGUGGCUCUUUUGGAGAGCUCUAUUUAGCACUUAAUAUACAAAGUGGAGAGGAGGUGGCUGUUAAGCUGGAAUCUGUGAAGACCAGGCAUCCACAGCUUCACUAUGAGUCGAAAUUGUAUAUGCUUCUUCAAGGAGGAACGGGUAUUCCCCACCUCAAAUGGUUUGGUGUUGAGGGAGAGUACAAUGUCAUGGUUAUCGAUCUUCUUGGACCAAGUCUGGAAGACUUAUUCAAUUAUUGUAACCGGAAAUUUACAUUGAAAUCAGUGUUGAUGCUUGCUGAUCAAUUAAUUAAUAGAGUUGAACACAUGCAUUCACGAGGCUUUCUUCACCGCGACAUAAAGCCAGACAAUUUUCUGAUGGGCCUCGGACGUAAAGCAAAUCAAGUGUACGCUAUUGACUACGGCCUUGCGAAAAAAUAUAGGGAUCUUCAGACUCACAGGCACAUACCAUACAGGGAAAACAAGAACCUUACCGGCGCAGCACGCUAUGCAAGUGUCAACACUCAUCUUGGAAUCGAACAAAGCAGAAGGGAUGAUCUGGAAUCUCUUGGUUAUGUGCUCAUGUAUUUCUUAAGAGGAAGUCUUCCCUGGCAGGGACUGAAGGCUGGAAACAAAAAACAAAAAUACGAUAAAAUCAGUGAGACAAAGGUGUCAACUCCGAUAGAGGUGCUGUGUAAAGCAUAUCCCUCUGAGUUUGUAUCAUACUUCCACUAUUGCCGAUCAUUGAGGUUUGAAGACAAGCCAGAUUAUUCAUAUUUAAAGAGACUUUUCAGAGAUCUAUUUAUUCGAGAAGGAUAUCAAUUUGACUAUGUUUUUGACUGGACUGUAUUGAAAUAUCCACAGAUCGGUAGCAGCUCUAGAGGACAACAUCACGGCAAUAACAAAUAA